AUUUCGCUCAGCACGCUACAAUGCGCCGAAUACCGCGGCCACAACGGCCAAUUGAAAAUUUAUUACCUUACUACCCAUCAUGGCGGCCUCGAUUAGUUUGCUUCACGGGCUUCCCAGCACGCUAUCGAUUCAGUCCCACCUCUGCAACCUUCUCGAGCUCGACUCGGUACAACGGCAUCUUCGACGGGAAGCCAGACAAAAAAAAACACCAAGCCAUGGUGCGGAGAUGGCAGAAACGACUCCUCGGAGAGUCGGAGCCUAUAGGCGCGCACGUAGAUCCCUACGAUCCGACGUCGCCCGUGCGGAUCACACCCGAGGAGCAGGGCGAGGAGCAGGAGAUGCUGGAGGAGGCAGAAGACGGGGAAGGUCUAGGGGAGUAUGAAGAGGCAGUAACUUGGGAUGGGCUAGAGGUUGUUGGUGGGGAGAAGUGGGCGAAGGAAUUUAAUGAGUGGCAGAAAGGGGACAAACUGAGGGGAUGGGAGGGGAGUGCUUAUGCUCCUCAGACAAAAGUUACCGAGCAAUCGCAACUGAAUAAUGCGUUCUUGAGAGCCGUUGUCGAGACAUAUAUGCUCAUACAGGCAAAACAAGAACCGACGCUAGCGAGCCAUCCAGAACGAUUCUCGAGCGAGGACCCAACUUGGAUAUACAAUGUCAAGCUCCACGCUGCGCCAGAUGGGCAGCUUGAGCUAAAUUUUCCCCCCGAGGCAAUGAAGGAAUUUUUAGAAGAGGUCAACUACAGGGAGGCAAAGGAGCAGGCCGUGGAGGAAGGGCUGGAGGAAGUUGUUGAGGAAUACAUUGCAGAAGAGGUGCAUGCUGAAGCCGAGAAUUCCAGCCAUGAACCCGGAAGCCAAUCAAUCGACAACGCCAUAGCUGGUUCGACAGACGCUGUACCCACAAAGGCUGCCGCUUUGGUGAAGCAAAACGAAAAGAAGCCUUUCGACUUCAUGUCAAACAGACCUGUUCCGCGCGCCAAACGAGAAGAAUCUACAAUGACAGUCGACGAAGUCACUGAGACAACGACCGUAAAUCCCGAAUCUCCCUCUCCAACCGCUGAACUCGAGGCCUUAGCCUCUACCUCUGAAGAAGCCGUCGCUACCAUGCGCACCGCAGUCCGUAACGCUAUCGAAACCCUUGCGGCUCAAUCCAUCUCUAUCCAAAACCCCACAGUUUCGGAAGGACCAGAACUGGUCGACUACUACGAAAUCCAAUUGACCGAUCCCCAGAUCAAAUUCGCACUCUCAAAACGACUCCUCCAACUAACCUCCCUCCGCAUCACCGACCACCUCCUCAAUAACUCCUCCACCCUCGGUGACCUAUACACCCACCUCCUUGCCGCCGCUAAACCAAAACCGAAGAAACUCAUCGACCAGAUUCGCGCAGAAGGGGAGAUCCAAGACAAAGUCAAACCGGGCAUGGAGGAUUUGCUGCGGCUGCCGAAUGUAAAGCUGAAGGAUAAGAGGGUCACGAAGGUUGAUAAGGAGAGGGAGGUGGGGCGGUGGAAGGUUAUUGAGUACGCGUUGAGGGAGAGAGAUUUGCCCGUUUUCACGAAGGAUGAUGUCGUAGAAGAUCGGUUGAAGAUGGAGAGGAGGAAGAGUAGGCUUUGGGCGAGGGCGGUUUAG